AUGUUGCUGUGGAUUGUGACCUGUCUGUUUCUACUGAUACGGCCAAGCAUCGCCGCUGACAACGACACCAUUCAGACACUUCUUGAUGAGAUGCUCACCAACUAUGAUAAGAGAAUACGACCAGGUCAAGAUGCAGGACAAGCAACGAAAGUUACGUUCGAUAUGUUCAUUAGUGAGUUCAGUUCGGUGAAUGAAAAUUCGAUGGACUACAGCAUAAAUCUGUACUUCCGACAGCGCUGGGUUGACCCCCGGCUCGCCUACGAUGACAUCUCCACACCCAUAACCCUGGGAUAUGCUAGAGUCAAUGAAAUCUGGGUACCUGAUACCUUCUUUGUGAAUGAAAAGAGGUCGAUUCGUCACGAGGUGACAGUACCUAAUGUAUUACUCAGGGUCCACCCGGAUGGCAGUCUGCUCUACAGUCAAAGGAUCUCGCUGACCCUAUCCUGUCCAAUGUUCCUGGUCCGUUAUCCAAUGGACAUGCAGCAAUGCCCCAUGAAACUGGAAUCAUAUGGAUAUACCACAAAGGAAGUGAUGUUUGACUGGACCAGUAAAACACCGGUAGUUGUGAACGAAGAAGUGGAACUACCUGAAUUUGAAAUCGGCAGGAAAAUCAUUGACCUUUCAAAUUGUACUGUCAGUUAUAAUACUGGGUCUUACAGCUGCCUUCAAGUCAAGUUCAAGCUAACCAGACUGUUCGGUUUCUACAUCACUGGAACCUACAUCCCUAGUAUCCUUAUAGUCCUCCUCUCGUUCAUAUCGUUCUUCGUGGAUGUGAGGGCCACGCCAGCCAGGAUCUCCCUCGGAUUGUUGACCGUCCUUUCCAUCACUACAAUGAACUCGAGCGUCUCCAGUUCCAUGGCAAAAGUUGCAUACUCCAAAGCUAUUGAUCUCUGGAUGGCUGUGUGUCUGUGCUUCGUUUUUCUCGCCCUGUUGGAGUUUGCCAUUGCCAAUCAACUUGCUAGACGUGAGGACAAGGAGGAGUCAGCGAAAAAGGAGAAGGCCCAGGCGAAGUUCAUGAAAGUUGCUAUGGUAGUACGGAACCGAAACCGUUCUCGAAAUCGAAUCCAUGCUGAAGAUAACAAAAACGGAACCGAUCCCAUGGAUUCAGACGACCCACAAACGUCCGAGCCCGAAGACUUGACCCCAGCUAAACAGCGAUAUUGGACCUCGUCAAGAAUUGAAAAAAUUUCAAAAUGGGCCUUCCCGAGUGCUUUUGGAAUUUUCAACAUGAUAUACUGGGUGAUAUACCUUGCUUUUUAAAAUGAUUUGUAUAGUACCAGAUCAAGUUUUUAUAUGUACUGGAGUGUGAGGUUAUAUAAGUGAUGUUUUAGAAUAAGCACUUGUGGUAUUUUCUGUUAGUGGAUGUCCUAAAUUCCUUCGUUUCCGAUAUGAUUUUUGUUUCAAUAAACUUUAGUGUGAUA